AUGGCUGCGAAGACCGCGAAGGACGGCCGUGCCCUUCUCAAGCCCGUUGUCGUCCGACAGAAGGCCCAACAGCCAGAGACGGAUGGUUCUGAUCUCGUAGCGAACCUCAUAGAAGCAGCGAAGAAGAUGCAGAUUCGCAAGCUGAGACGAACGAUCCUAGAAAUCAAGAAACAGAGCAGCAAGAAUCCGUCUGGAGGUAGAGCUUCAGGCGUCAUGUCGCCAGCACUUGGCCUCGGAAAUGUCUCUGCACUGGAGUCCAGACCACUCAAGACUGCACCUCUGGUUCAACCAAGCAUCAACGGGACCGAUGACAAAGGCCGAUCGGCGCUCCAUUUCUCCUGCGGAAUGGCAUCUACAGAAUGUGCCAUUGUGCUGCUAGAAUCAGGCGCUGAGGUCAACGUACGGGACAACGAGGGGUUCACUCCUCUCCACAUGGCAGCCGGCUACGGUCGCAGUCAAUCAGUCGAGCUCCUUCUCAAAGCAGGAGCUAACCCGUUCGUCAAAGACAAGAUCGGACGCACCCCGCGGGAACUCGCCGUGGAAAUCCGAGACACUGGCAUGCGUCACGACGGCUCCUCCGUCCCUCGCGGCGACAUGGAGUCAACAAUCACUCUCCUGGGCAGCGCUGAGUGGAAAGAGCAUCAGGCGGCGAAAGAGAGACAGCACAAUGCGAUUGGUGGAAAUUCGGUGGAAAGCAGCGGCGGUUCUGCUACAGAUGAUGGGACGAAGCGGCCGGCAGUUGGGACUCCGUUGGACGAGCUGCUGGUUGCUGCGCAGGCGGGGGAGGCUGACGGCGUGGCGAAGGCGCUGGUGAAAUUGGAAGCGAGGUCGGAUGUUACAUGGAUCGCUGGGCGUGCCGCUUCUCUCGCGAACGCCUUCUCAGCGGCCUGCCGAAACGGCCACGUAAGCAUCGCCGAGACGCUGCUCAAAUCUGGAGCGUCCGUUGACGUUGUGGACGGGGAGGGAGCGACGCCCCUGCUGGCCGCGGCUGACAGUGGCUUCGCCAACUGCGUGCAACUACUUCUUGAAGCUGGCGCUCAGCCUGAUGCCCGGGACAAAGUGGGAGUGACUCCCCUUAUUGCAGCUGCCUACAACGGUCAUGAAGAGGCUUUAUCAGCUCUUGUACGCCACGGAGCUGCUGUGGACGCGCGGUCGCAUGGAGGCGUGACGCCCCUCAUUGCUGCCGCGGAGGGCCGACACGCAUGCUGCAUCCACCUGCUGGUCCAGGCAGGAGCAGACGCCAACGCACGCACGUCAGAGGGCAAGACAGCGCUGAUGCAUGCAGUGGGGCGCAACUCACUGCCAGCAGCGCGCUGCUGGCUGGAGGGAGUCAACCCAGCGGGGGCGGACGUGAAUGCACGCACGUCAGAGGGCAAGACGGCUCUGAUGCACGCAGUGGGGCGCAACUCACUGCCGGCAACAGAGGAGCUGCUGGCUGGAGGGGCAGAUGUCAGUGCUGUGGAUGGGGAGGGUUUGUCUGCCUUGCACCACGGCGCUCGCCUUGAUGCUGCUGACUGCGUUGAGCUGCUAUGUGCCAAGGGUGCGAGUAUGACUAAGAGGUGCAAGAAGGGCCGCACUGCUCUCAUGGACGCACCCAAGGGCUCCGCGUCUGCUGCCAUCCUGGAGGAGAAAUGGACGGCGUUGGAAGAGGAGGUGGCGAGGCGGCAACUGGAACUCCUCGAGCUGUUCGCUGAUGAUGCUUCUGAUGCCGCAUCCUCCAAGCCUAACGCACCCGCAGCAGCAGGCGCCAAGAGCGGCAAGGACAAAAAGGAGGCGGGGAAAGGCCGGAGCCGAACCCCCAAGGGAAUCGCCUCCCUGACCAGCAAACUGCAGGGGCUGGCAGAAGGGCCAGGCUCGGCGGCAGGCUCGGCAGCAGGUCCGGUGGAUUCAGCAGGUUUGGUGGGCGAUGUGCAGAAUCUGGUGGUGAAGACCCCAGAGUCAUCUAGCCGACCUAGUAUGUCCCCUGUGAGUUCGGUUAUGGACUUUGGUCAGACCACUGAUAGCUCUGGUAUGAGCACUGCGGAAGACGAGGAGGGGGAAGGGGAGGGGGAGGAUGAGGAGAGUGAGUAUGACACAGAGGAUAUUUUUGAGAUCAUGGCGGCUGCUAGCAAGAAGGGCUCUGGUGGGAGUGGUGGCAGGGUUAGUGGCGGGGUUGGGUCUGGUGCUGGGGUUGCGGAUGGUAAUGAUGGGUUUAUUCCAGUUGGGAGCGGUGAGAAGGCGCCAAACAGAGUGAGUGAAGUGAGCGGGUGGCUGUCUGGGGGGAGCUACAGCAGGAAGGCUGCAGGCGAGGCAACAGCAUCAGAUUCAACAGCAGCACUGCUUAAGAAGAGUGAAGGCCCUGCGAAUGCCUCUUAUGCUGCAAGGGCCGCACAGAAGAAGAGCCCCCCUGCUGCUUCACCGAGCCUCACACAGCAGCAGCAGCAGCAGUCAAAGAGCAAAACCGCCCUGACCAAGGCAGUCAAAGCUCCAGUAUCUGCUGCCGCCCAGCCGCAGCAGCAGCGACAACCGCAGCAGGCACAGCAGAAGGUUUCGCCUCCAGCAGCAGCAGCAGUAGCAGCAGCAGCAGCACCUGCUCCAGCAGCAGCGCAUGCAGGAGCGUCGCCUUGGAUCCGCGCCCUUGUGGGGGGGCAGGCUGCUUCAGCUACAUCUCCUACCGUCCCUUUGGCUGCAACUCCAUCUCCCACCGUCCAUUCGGCCCCAACUCCAACUCCUGGCCCUGGCAGCAACCCUGCUUCGUCCACUGGCUCGCCUACUCCCAGUGCGGUGCACAGCGGUUCCAAUGGAUGUGCGUGCAAGCAGAGCCAUCACUGUGGGGAGAACACAGGCGAGCUUGCGAGGCGAGUUGCCGAGCUGGAAGCAGAGCUGAGAUCCGCCAGGGCUGCAGCAGAUGCGGCCAGGGCGGCUGCUGCAGCAGAGAGGGCGAGAGCAGCACAGCUGGAACAGCAGCUGAUUAGUGGACGUAAAGCCGCUGAGAUAAUAAGCGCUCGGGACAAAUCGCAGAUCCAGGUUCUGCAGCAAUCCCUCUGCUCCCAAUCCAUCUCUCUUGCAGCAGCCACCGCAUCAGCAGAAGCCUCUCGCCGCGCCCUCGCCUCCUCCCACUCCGACUGGCACUCACAGCUGCAGCGUAUCCGCUGCCAGGCUGUAGCAGCUGCCAUCACUGCUGCUACAGCCAGCUGGCAGGCUUGGGAGAACUCCCAGUUCCGUCCGAACUUGGGCGUUGCUGCCUCAGGGGGUGGUGUUGCAACGAAAACAGCGGCAACAGCAGCGGCGGCGGCGGCGGCGGCGGCGGCGGUGGCGGCUGCAGCUGGUGCUGCGGCAACAGCCAAAGUAGCAGCUACAGCGGGUGGAGAUAAGGCAGGCACAGUUUCAAACAUAUCAAACUCCUCUUACAUUCCGAGCCCGUCUAGCCCUUCUUACGAAGCAAGCUUGACGACAGGCCAUGCAAGUCACUUUGAAGCUGCUGCCACAGCUGUAAACGCUGCCCCUGCUUCCCCUUCACCUUACGGGAUCCUUGAGGUGGCUCUGCUGUGUCAGCAGCUGAGCGAUAGCACUGCUGCUAGCAGAGCCAAUCCAGCGGCAGCUGAAGCAGCAGCAGCAGCAGCAGCAGCAGAGCCUAUGCCACGCCACUCCAGCCACGCGACACCAGGGGUUCAAUACAAGCCCUCGACCACCACUGAGCGUACCGCAGCUACGGCCGCCGACCCAGUCUCUCACGACCCCAUGCUCUCAUUCAAAGCAUCCCUGCUUGCUGGAAAGACUGGCAGAGCCGCAAAUGGUGCUGGCAUUGCGGUGUCUCGUACUGCAAGGGCUGGUGCAGCCAAGCUUGGAGAUGCUGAUGCUUACCCGGCUUAUCCAGCUGAUGAGGAUGUAUCGUAUCCAGCUGACGCACUCAAGUCAGCUCAGGCCGAAGGUGGGAGGAAUCGCUGGGGAAAACGAGCUGGGGGGCUGGUGGAUGAGCAGCGGAUGCGAUACCUGUGA